UUGUUAAUAUGCAUACAUAUUGAUACUGCUUUUGAUAAAGACAUUUUUCUAAUAAUGUAAAAAAUUCGGCCUACCUUUGUCGUGAGCAAAACAUGAAUCCUUAUUAUUUUAAUUUAGACCGACAGAAAACUUGAUCUGGUAAAAGCUUACAUUUUUUCUGUUUAAAAUAAAACAGUUUGAAGGUGAUAACAAUGAUACGCUUUCAGGAGAUAUCUCGAGCAGUCCCUCUAAGUGACAUAUGGUUGGCAGAGAACAAUCAAUGCAAUUGAUGCAGCAAGAUAUAUUUUGUGCCUCGGCUAUAUUCGUUUUAAUAAAACCUCAACAGACACUAUAAGCUUAUUUUCUGGUAACAACUGGUUUGGUUACACAUUUAAACUAAAGUGCAAGCGUAGCCUUUUAUUCGCUUAAAAAUGCGUAGGACUGAAAGGUAUCUCAGAGAAUACCUACAACCACCCACAUUUUCUUCUCAGAGCUCGGUUUAAUUUUAAAAAACGUUUGUCUAUUUUUCACUCGUUUAAAUGACACCUACGCAUACCGCCCACACUCUCACCCACUGAAUAGAUAGAUAGAUAGAUAGAUAGAUAGAUAGAUAGAUAGAUAGAUAGAUAGAUAGAUAGAUAGAUAGAUAGAUAGAUAGAUAGAUAGAUAGCGCACUUACUGUACACACCGGGACGCGCGAAAUAGUCCUAUUUUAAGAUCUAUAAAGUAAAAGACGCAAAUAUUGUUAAUUUCACAAACGCCUCAGUUUGCUUCCUGUCUUCGUGGGAGCAUUAGAUCUAAGGGAGAGCAAGAAGCUGUAAAUGUGUUCUUAAGGCUAGAAGCUGUCAGACCGUUUGGCAAACAAGAUUGAUAGCACACAUGCUUCCUUGCUGCUUUGUUUGUAACAUAAGAAAAAAGACAAUUACCUUUAGAAAAUUUAAAGUGAAUUAUUUUAUUAUGAAAUUUUAAAAGAAAAGGUAUUUGAAGACGAAAUGCUUUUAAAAUCACUAUAGACAAUAUAUUGAAUAAGGGCAAAACCAUUUUAAUUACAUUUUUAUAAAUAUAAUCAAAAUAUUUCACAGAAAUGUUUUAAAAAGGAUUAUAUAUAUUCAAUUGGUUACAUUUUCCACAAUCUAAUCACGUACACUUUAUCCAAAAUAACAUUUAACGCAAAAUUGUGCCUACUGUAUUAGCAAUGUAUAAAUGUAUUCAGUUUAUGUCCUUUUUUAAGAAAUUGUGGUAAAAAUCGUGAAAACAGUACUAUAUAAUUUAUGCCACACACACACGUGUGUGUGUGCAUGUGUGAUUGCAUUUGCCCUCAAUUAUAAACAUUUCCAAACAUUUAUUUUGCCGAUUUUAAAUAACAGUGUUUGCUGCCGUUAAAAUACGUAUUUUUUGAUUAAUCAAAAUAAUAUUAUUAUGUGCUUCGAGAUAAUUAUAUAUAUAAAUAUAUAUAUACAUAAAUUAGUAAACGUAAAGAAAUAAAAAAAAUCUUCAAAAAUAAACGGCAAUGUUUGUCUUCAGCUUACACAUUAUACUGUACUGAAUUGCGUAGUGCCGGUACUUACAUAGUGACGAUUUUUUUGAGUGGUAUAGUAACUUACAGUGCAAUACAGUGCUAAUUGAAAGAAUAUAUUACAAAAUAAUACUAAUAUACAGUUUUUCACUAAGCCAACAAAGUAAUUACACCAUUUUUAAAUAAUAGUAAUGAAAAAGUUCCAUGAAAACACACAACUUGCUUUCUCCUUGUGUGCAAAUCCUUAAGUAGUUGAUAUCUAGAGUUCCUUGUGUCAAAACUUUGAAGAUUAAUGGAUUACUUUGUUAAUGACUCCAGGCGUCAGAUUUAGGUACUGGAAUGAUUUGUGAUUUGGAAAUAGAGUAUUUGACAUACGGAGACAGUUUUGAACGAAGAAUAUAAGGAAAUAAAGGGGAAAGGGUACAAUAUGGUUGAUAUGAAGUAAAUAUAUAUAUUUAUAUUUAACUGUAUACAUGGUGAUAAAAAUAUAUCAACACGCGUAAACAAAAACAGAGCUAUCCCAAAACGAGGCGUUCCACAGCGAGUUUUUGGAUCAAUCACGCAGACAGUGCCUUCUUUUGAUUAAAGCCCAAAUUGUCAUUGGGCAGAAGUAAUCAUGUGACAACCAAUUCGGUCCAAUUUCAACCUUGUCUCCAUGAAUUCAAUAGUUUAAUAGUAGCGCGGUCCCCAUACGGCUGUAAUCAGUGAAAUAGAAAAAAAAACCCUAGCAGCGAUUUUUAUGAUUUUUUUUUUCCUGGUUCGGGCCACAAAACAUAAAUAAGAGCGAAGUUUCCAAAAAAGCUCUGAGGAGAAGGAAAUGAAUUACGAAUUUGAGCGCGAGUCUGGUUUUAUCAAUAGUCAGCCUUCGCUCGCUGAGUGCCUGACAUCCUUUCCCCCUGUCGGUGAUACAUUUCAAAGUUCAUCAAUCAAGAACUCGACGCUUUCACACUCGACACUCAUUCCUCCUCCCUUUGAGCAGACUAUUCCUAGCCUAAAUCCAGGCAG